UCAGUGGUCAUUCUGCUAUAAUGAAGAUUAAGUAGGAGUUGUUUGCCCUUGGCCAAUAUAAAAAAUCUGAGUGUUCUCCCUUCACUUCUAGCAACAGGUAACACAUCCCCUGUCUUCCCAUGAAAAGAGCUGUAACUGUAGCAACCGGUGGCAGGUUUUCUGUUCCCAGAUGGGUAAGUGAGGAGGGACAAAGAGAGGGGUAAGAGGGAGACAGAAAGAAGACAGCUGGGGAGAACAAAAUCUAAGUCCAGAUUGAACGAGCAUCCAAAAGAAGUAUCUGGAGGGAGAUUUUUCCUUUCCUGUGAGCAGCAGCAGCUUCCUACGGACCCUGCUGGAGCCCCAGCUCGGAUUAGCCCUUCAGCCAGCAAUGAAUGCUUCCUGCUGCCUGCUCUCUGUUCAGCCAGUGCUGCCUAAUAGCUCAGAGCACCUCCAAGCCCCUUCCUUCAGCAACCAGAGCAGCAGCACGUUCUGCGAGCAGGUCUUUAUCAAGCCCGAGGUUUUCCUGAUCCUGGGCAUCAUUAGUCUGCUGGAAAACAUCCUGGUUAUCCUGGCCGUGGUCAGGAACAGCAACCUGCACUCCCCAAUGUACUUCUUCCUCUGCAGCCUGGCAGUGGCCGACAUGCUGGUAAGUGUGUCCAAUGCCCUGGAGACCAUCAUGAUUGCCAUUGUCCACAGCGACUACCUGACCUUGGAGGACCAGUUCAUCCAGCACAUGGACAACAUCUUUGACUCCAUGAUCUGCAUCUCCCUGGUGGCCUCCAUCUGCAACCUCCUGGCCAUCGCCGUCGACAGGUACCUCACCAUCUUCUACGCGCUCCGCUACCACAGCAUCAUGACUGUGAGGAAGGCCCUCACCUUGAUCGUGGCCAUCUGGGUCUGCUGCGGCAUCUGUGGUGUGGUGUUCAUCAUCUACUCAGAGAGCAAGAUGGUCAUCGUGUGCCUCAUCACCAUGUUCUUCACCAUGAUGCUCCUCAUGGGCACCCUUUACGUGCACAUGUUCCUCUUUGCACGGCUGCAUGUCAAGCGCAUAGCGGCACUGCCACCUGCCGACGGGGCAGCCCCGCAACAGCACUCGUGCAUGAAGGGCGCAGUCACCAUCACCAUCCUCCUGGGCGUGUUCAUCUUCUGCUGGGCCCCCUUCUUCCUCCACCUGGUCCUCAUCAUCACCUGCCCCACUAACCCCUACUGCAUCUGCUACACUGCCCACUUCAACACCUACCUGGUCCUGAUCAUGUGCAACUCCAUCAUCGACCCGCUCAUCUACGCCUUCCGGAGCCUGGAGCUGCGCAACACCUUCAAGGAGAUUCUCUGUGGCUGCAAUGGCAUGAACUUGGGAUAGGAUGCAGGGCCAUGGAGACGAUCUUCAGUCAGGUUACUUCUGACCCUCCAUCCAGCCAAGAUGUUCAGAAAGAAAAGAAAAAUACUUAGAAGAUAUAAAAAUGUGUUAACAGCCACGAUUGUACCUGUCUUUUGUUUUGAAGUUUACAAAGCCUUUUAAAGGGGAAAAUGGUGAAUAAAAGGCUCUUUGAAAGGAUUCCAAAGUGGGUAAGUCACAAACUCUGAUUUCCCAAAUAGUCACUGGGAGAAAUCAAUGAAGGCUUCUCUGCAUGCUCCCUGCACUCAUUCCCAAACACCCAGGGUGUGUGACGCCUGUCUGCUCAUCUGCUCCACAUCCACAUCUUCACGCUCCAGCCCAGACCAGACUGAAGGAUUCUCAUGAAUCAGAGUGGUUCAGAUCUCUUGCAAGCAAACCUGUUACAGCUACGACCUCCUGCUGCCAGCUACUUGGGUAGAUAGUUUUGCACUUAUAACUCCAUAGGAGACUAAGUUCUACUCCAUUAUUCUAUUUACAGUGAGACAAUUGUCUCUUUCAGAAAGGAGUAAUGCUAUGCCAUUUUCCACUUUUCUUACCCACACAUCCCUUCAUCUGCUCCCACCCCCAAAGGUAGCAUGAGGAUGUAGCUCACUUCUAUUUUUCUGUUGUUGUGUUGGUGUUUGUUAUUGCUGUUUUGUUUUUAUGGAUUAAGUCUAAGACAACCUUCAAAACACUAACAAAAGAAAGUGCUUUGGACAAUCAGAAUAUACCUGUG